AUGUGUCCCUUGCACCAGUUGCAGAAAUUAUGCCAGGAAAUUAAUGACUUGAGUGCUUCAUCUGCUGUUGACCUUUUGAAGCAAAGAAUUCAUCAAUUACCGGAGAAAGAUGCUGCUGAAAUGCACAAUCGAUGGAAGCAAGAAAAUCCACAAAGCAAUGAGGAACUAUUGGAAGUUAUGAUGGUGUCACUGCGAAAACUUUGUGAACAGAAACAAAGGGAACAUCAUCAUAUAUCAACUGGGAAGUGUAUGGGUAAGCUUGAGUUCAAUAUUAUGAACAGGCGAUCGAAGAUCUCCAAACUUGAUAACUUAAAGAAUAAAGCCAAGAAGAGUUUGACGAAUUCCUUUGAAAGUUUAAUUCGAGGACGGAAAAAAGAAGAGGCUCGAGAUGCAUUUCGACAGCGGAGUGGUACCACAGACAGUGAAAGCAGUUGGACAGCACAAUCAUUCGAUUCUUCUGCUCCAACAACUCCUGAACUCUCACCCUCUGCUUCACCCAUGUCCAAAGAGCGCAGGUUCUACCUGCCCACUCCACCAGAUUCUCCUACAUCUGGUAUCCGACCCCGCAGUUCUACAGUUGGUGCCAUCCCCAUGUCAACAGCUCGAGUUACAAAACAACGUCCAACACCACCUUCCAAUGUUGGGGAUAAUAACUAUGGGCAAUACCAAGCAGAAAAUUCACGAACACAUUCUGUUACGGCAACAAGCCCAAUGAAACACAUGUUCCUCAUUUCUGGCAGCAGCAUGGCACAGCUCUCCCCAGAGAGUGCUUCGUCAUCAGUCUGCUCUUCAUAUGAAGAGCAUGGCUCAAUGAUGGCCACCCCUACUCGGAGGGGGUCCUGGAGGCAAGCCAUUUUUAAUAGAGUAGUUACACCUGCUGAUAAUUCUCAGACUUAUAACUUGGAUGAGUCGCCAUCUCAGGAAAUGAUUUGUAAACGUUCUACCCUGGAUGCCCGAGCCCGAUGGCGAAAAGCAAUUCAGGAAACAUUGCUUCUCAUCCGAAUGAACAAGGAAAACCAAAACCUGAGAGCAAGGCAAGAUGAAAUUCAGCAGAAGCGGCAGAACUUGGACUAUGAAGAAAUCACACCUUGUCUGAAAGAGGUCACAAAGGUCUGGGACACAAUGCUCAAUAACCCAGACCGUAAAAACACACAGUUUGAUCCUAAGAUACUUGAAGAUUGCAUUAAGCAAGGAGUCCCUAAAAGUCGACGUGGUGCCAUUUGGCAGUUAUUGGUUGAACAGAACCAGCUGAAAUCACCCAUGAUGAGCACGGGCAGUGGUCUUGAUGAUGUCGCUUAUGAUGACCUCAUGAGAAGGUUGACCACUCACCAGCAUGCCAUCUUAAUUGACCUUGGGCGAACUUUUCCCAAGCAUCCAUAUUUCCGUACACAAUUGGGGCCUGGGCAAUUGGCCCUGUUUAAUCUCCUUAAAGCCUACAGUCUUCUUGACACAGAAGUUGGUUACUGCCAGGGACUCAGUUUUAUUGCUGGAAUGCUUCUUAUUCAUAUGGAUGAAGAGUCAGCUUUCAACAUUCUUAAGUAUUUGAUGUUUAAUAUGGGAUUAAGAAACCAGUAUCGACCUAGCAUGACAGCAUUACAGAUUAAGUUGUACCAGUUGACUCGUUUAAUCCAUGACAAUCACCGUGACCUCUACGAGCAUUUUGAAGAGCAUGAAAUUGUGCCCACCCUCUAUGCUGCACCGUGGUUCCUCACUAUAUUUGCUUCCCAGUUUCCGCUUGGUUUUGUCUCCAGAGUAUUUGACUUAAUCUUUUACCAAGGCAUUGAUGCUAUAUUCAAAGUCUGCCUCAUUCUGCUUGGUGAUCACAAGGAGCUUAUAAUGCAUUGUGAAUCAUUUGAGAACAUUGUGGAAUUUUUGAAAACCACACUUCCCGGCAUGGGAUUAGUGCAGAUGGAACGGAUAAUCAACCAGGCAUUCCAAGUUGAUUACACAAAACAGCUUCACGCCUAUGAAGUGGAAUAUCAGGUGCUACAAGAAGAGAUGGUGUAUAUGUCACCAAAAGAACGCUGCAGUGGCAACAGCAUCAUCCAUAGACUUGAAGGUGCCAAUCGAAACCUCAAAGAGCAGAACCAUGAGCUGAUGGAUAAGUUGCAAAAUGCACACAGCCAUCACCGCAGUCUGGAAAGUGCCAUCAAUACGUACCAGACUAAUGAGACUUGCCUACGUUCCAAGAUCCAGGCAUUAGAAUUAGAGCGAGCAGCUCUCCUCGACCGGGUUAGCAUCUUGGAGAAAGAACGUAAUGAAAUGAUGAACUUAAAUCAGCUUGGCGCCACUGGCGGUGCCUAUGCUUCACAUGCCGAUCAAACUGCUGUCUCAGACAGCUACCAGGACCAGGAUGGGGAACACAGUUCUCUUUUACAUUUGACAAAAGAAUCCAUUUCUGAGACAGAGAAAACGUAA